GAUGUCCAUGUCUCAUUCUCACUCAUAAUUCCUCCAUCUCCUCUUUCCUCUCUCUCAUCCUUUUCGCCUUCCUCCCUUUCUCCCGGCCUUAUCUUGUUCUUGUACUCUUUGCUCUCUACACAUACAUUUCAUCAGUGUUUCACUACACAAACUGCAGGAUUUGUGUUCAGCUAAGCUAGAUAUCGAUCGAUCGAUCGAUCGCAGUGAAGUGGUAGAGAGAGAGAGAGAUGCAGGACUGGGCGCCGGUGGUGGUGGGAGUGGUGCUGUUCGUGGUGCUGUCGCCGGGGCUGCUGAUCGAGCUGCCGGGGACGCACCGGUGGGUCGACUUCGGCAGCCUCCGCGUCACCGGCAAGUCCGCCGUCGUCCACACCAUCGUCUUCUUCGUCCUCUUCGCCAUCGUCGUCGUCGCGUGCAAGCUCCACAUCUACACCGGCGCGUAGCGCGGCCCCAGCCAGGCCAUGCCAAGAUUGCUUUGGGCAGCUCACUCGCAUUCGUCUCUACGCCGACCUUGUUCGUUAGUCUCUCUGCUGAUUCGGUUGGAUCUUAUUGUCGAUGGAAUACUUGGUGUGCAAUGCUCGGCACGUUUAGUUGAUACGUGUGCUGCAGGUUAUUUAGAGUUUUAGCUAUAAGUGAUUUGGUCGAUCGUGUCUAUGGAACAUAUCGUCUUAAGUUCGGCAUCUCAUUUUCGUCCUGUCUAUAACUGUCUAUGAAACAUACCGUGUUCUCUAGUAGUUUUCUUUUCUACUAUGCAUACGUUUUCUACUAUGCAUAGUUUCA